AGCGGUCAUUCAAAUACUUGGACGACGCGGAUAGCCACACAUGGGAGGUGUCGGAAUCGGAGCAAGCGGUGUCUUGUGCGUCAUACACAAUCUGGAAAACUCUUCUGGAGGAUUUUUCUAACGGUGGCUCGCCGCGGAGCAUUGCACAGAAUAGAAAAAAAGAAACGAAAAACGGUAGGGGUUUGAUGGAGUUAUGGAUUGGCGACACAGACUACGAGAGUGCCAUUCAGCGUUUGCUGUUGAUGUGGGUCGGUGAUUGAAGGUGAUGCCUGAAGGUGUGUAACUCAAAGGAGUCUCGCACUAGGAUUAUCAUUUGGGCUUGCGUUAGGGUUGGAGAUUAGGUCAGGAGGGUUUGAGGAUGAACUCAACUCGGAUUGAUGCAACUUGUAAAUCCUGUUUUGGCAUAAGAUAUUGGCCGCCGACUUCGUCUGCUAUUAGAUGGCCAGUUUCUGUGAAUCAAGAUCUCAUCAGUGGCCCGCAGUGACGAGGAAAAUUUAAACGAGUAGUAGAAAAUUAGGGUUGAACUUGGAUGUUGGGAGGAGGAUUUGAACUGCAAGCGAUGGCUCAUGUGUGUGUGAAGCAGGAGUUGCGUUCACACGAAGAAUAUUUGAGUGGUCUAAGUGCAUGUUCGUGUAAAAUUUGUGGAUGACUUCACACUUCAAUUGAUACUACGGUCGAGUGAGCACGAAGUAUCGCACACGAUAUGACAGAGCGUGGAAAUUGAGUGGGAAGCUAUCUUCGGUGUUGCAAUUUUUUUGUCGGCAUCCUGUUUUAUGGCUUUGGCAUGUUGGUGAUAGAACAGGAUGCAGAAGCCAAGCAAGAGGUUGGAUCAGACAUAUCCCUCUCGGAAAGUCAUGAGCAAUGGUUUCCUGGCUAGCCAGAAGUUGGACAUACAAUCACCUGAAAUUGAGAAAGAAAAUCAUGAAGAGGGAUCUACCCAUCAUAAUGGUAUAUCCGAUGUUUAUCUUGCAACAAGAGGAAAUACUAGGAUUGGUUUGAAAGCAACCCGGAAGGAGUUUGCAGGGAAUUCCAGAGUGCCUUCCUUGACAAAAGGCGGCGAUUCUAAUGAACGGAGUGCGACGGAUAGCUGGCUCAACAGAUGUCGGCCUGGCGUCUCCCAGUUUGUUCCCACCAGAGGUAUAGGUCCCGGCUUGAAAGGCAAUAAAUCAUGUGAAUCAAUCAGGGCUGAGACUGCUGGUGGACCUAUUACCGACACCUUUUAUCAUCAAGUUUUCGAUGAUGCACUCAUCGAUGAAAGUGCGGAGAAGCGUGUUAUCCUUGAUGAGGACUUCCGCGAUUCAAAGAAGCAGAAGCUGGAUAGCAAUUCUGAGGACGCCUUCGUUGCGUGUACGCCGCUCAAAGAUAUCACCAACUCAAGGACAGGUUCUAUGUGCAGUUCUGACCAGCAACGUGAUCAACGAAUAACUGUUUCGCAGAGGAGCUUUUGGAUAAAUGACCACGAACUUUGUGCUACUGGUCUGCCAUGCGAUGUUACUCGAGAUCAAACCGCUGAGGAAGUGCAAUUUAUGGAAGAAAAGCAAUGUAUAUCUGGGAGAUGGCAGGAUGUAGACUGUAUGUUGAUAGAGAAAAAAGUAGAUGCAGCUCGUCACUUGGGUCUUUCAGGGAUGCCGUCGAAAAAGGAUGGGGAAAUUGAGGCCCAAAGAAGCUACGAAGAAUUUCAAAAUCGAGGCAAUACUCCAACAUUUGAAGUCGUUGCCAUGGAAGGUGUUUUCGAUCCUUUAGAACCUAUGUCACCACAAGGGCAAAGGAUACAAACACCGGGGGAAGUAGACACGGGGACUUUCAAGUCAGAUGUUCACUUAAAUGUGAUUCCAGAUAGUCCCGCUGACGAAGGAUGUCCAUGCUGGACUCCAUCUCCGGGCAGUUGUAAAAUUUUAGAGGAUCAACCUUCUGGUGUUUCGAAGCCUGGAGAAUGGCAAAGCAAUGGUUUGUCGUUCUCACCUGGAGAUGCAUUCUGGGAUGAAGCUUUUGAGGCUGUUAAUGGUAUUUUAGUUCCGAACUCUAGUAGACAACCACCGGAAAAUAGCAGUCCAGUGCGUCAAAUUUCGCUGGGCAUGGUUAAAGACAUGGGUUUGAUGAAAGUAAAUGGACGGUUUGAUAGCCAGGUAUUAAAAACCAAGGAAGUAGAACAGCUCAUUGAGGAUGUAAGGCAGUCUAUUUUGGAAGAGGAAAAUGCUGGUAAAUCCGUACUGGCAUCAGAACACGGUGCGGAGAUAGAUAAUAGUAACGACUUAACGAGGAAUGACGAAUUUGGUGGUUUUCCUUUACCGGUACGUGAACUUCGUCUCCGUCACCAAGAGAAUCUUCCGAAUGGGAACACUGAAGAACUUGUUAUUAAGGAGGUCCAUGAUUUCUCUCAUGUUAUUGCUUCACGUUCAAAUCCUUUAAGUCAAAUGCCUCUCAGUCUGAAAGAUGGUUUUUCUAAAAUUAAAGACCAAUCAGAAGCUUAUGGAGUUAGAGAUACGAGCCUAACUCGGAUACAGGAACAGGCUGACAGCAAUGUAUUUACCAAUGAUAGUUCACUCUCUAAAUCAAAAGUGAACCCAACUCCAUCAUUGCUCGCAACAGUACCACGCUUACAAUCGGUUGAGUCUUUGGCUGAAGUAGACCAAUUCACACAUUCAUCAUCAGGGGUUCCAUCAACAUCGUAUGAAUCACUAUCUGCUUUUCCAAAGGGAGUUGCAAUUGAAAGAGAAAAUGAGAACUUCGUGGUCUCGAAGUUGAAGACACUAUAUAAAUCUGAGCUCUGUAAAUGGCUUCCACCUGAAUUAUGUUCUUUCUUUGCCAAGAAGGGCUUAACAAAGCUGUACCAGUGGCAGGUGGAGUGUUUGCAGACGGAUGGCGUUUUGGAUGGCCGGAAUCUUGUUUACUGCGCAUCUACAAGUGCUGGGAAGAGUCUAGUGGCCGAGUUGCUGAUGCUUAGACGAGUUUUGUCAACGGGGAAGAAGGCAUUGUUGGUGCUACCUUAUGUCACUCUCUGCUCUGAAAAGGCAAAUCACCUUCAGGCACUUCUACAGCCGCUUGGUAAACAAGUUAGAGGAUUUUAUGGAACCCAAGGUGGUUCAAGCCUUCCCCAAGAUACUUCAGUGGCCGUUUGCACCAUUGAGAAGGCUAAUUCCUUAGUUAACAAGCUGCUUGAAGAGGGUCGACUAUCUGAAAUUUCUAUGAUUGUCAUCGAUGAGCUUCAUAUGGUUGGUGACAAAGACCGUGGCUAUCUACUUGAGUUACUCUUGACUAAGCUACGCUAUGCAGCUGGGUGUGGCGAUCUCACUUCAGAUUUUUCUGCAGAAGGCUGGACCAACUCAAAUAUCAAGUGGAGCACUGAGUUGCAGAUCGUGGGCAUGAGUGCCACGAUGCCCAAUGUGUCUGAGGUUGCUAAAUGGCUUCAGGCUGCACUGUAUCAAACUGAAUUUCGACCGAUUCCUUUGGAAGAAUUCAUGAAAGUGGGUAAUACUAUCUUCGACAAGAGCAUGGAAAUCGUUCGAAUGAUUAGAGAUGAUGCUGAUCUUGGAGGGAAGGAUCCUGACCACAUUAUUGAGUUGUGCCAUGAGGUAGUAAGUGAAGGCCACUCAGUCCUGGUGUUUUGCUCUAGUCGCAAAGGAUGUGAGACAUCAGCACGUCAUAUAGCCAAACAUCUACCUCCAUUUUCAGUCAUCAAGAAAAAUAGCGAUGGACCGGAGGAUGGAAAUGCAGCUGUUGAAGAGUUGCGGAGAUGCUCAGCUGGACUUGAUCCUGUUUUAGCAGACACAGUACCUGCGGGUGUAGCGUAUCAUCAUGCGGGCCUCACUGCGGAAGAAAAAGAUGUUAUUGAAACGUGUUUCAAGAGUGGUGUAGUGCGAGUACUUGUUGCAACUUCUACACUAGCUGCGGGCGUAAAUCUUCCAGCUCGUCGAGUGAUUUUCAGGCAACCAAAAAUUGGACGUGAUUUUGUGGAUACAACACGAUAUCGUCAAAUGGCAGGUCGAGCUGGGCGAGCUGGGAUUGAUACAAAAGGAGAGAGUAUCUUAAUUUGCAAGCCUGAAGAAGCAAAGCGAAUAAUGGAGAUGAUGAAGCAGGACUGUAAGGCCUUACAAUCGUGCUUGGCUGAUGACAAGAAUGGAAUGAUGCGUGCCUUAUUGGAAGUAGUAGCAAGCGGAAUGGUGAAGACUGCAGCUGAUGUGCAACGCUAUGUCCGAUGUACACUUCUGAAUGCCACGCAACCUUUUGAAGAGGUUGUUAAAGCUGCACAAGAUUCACUGCGGUGGUUGUGCCACAAACACUUGGUUGAAUGGGAUAAAAAUGCCGAAAUUUACAAUAUUACGCCCCUUGGUCGUGCCGCAUUUUCGAGCUCUCUUAGUCCUGAGGAGUCUCUGGUUGUAUUCGAAGAUCUUGCGAAAGCGAGAGAGGGAUUCGUUCUGGCCUCUGAUUUGCACCUGAUCUACGAAGUGACACCCACUUACGUUGAUUUGGAACCAGAUUGGGGUGUUUUUUAUCAACGUUAUAUGGAGCUUUCACCUAUUGAUCAGGCGGUUGGUAGCAGAGUUGGAGUGUUGGAAGCAUUUUUACUUCGAAUGGCUCAUGGUGCACCUAUUUUGCAACAUCGUACUGGUGUGCGAUCUCGUGGUGGCAAGGACGUUAAAGGGAAAGUAUCACCUCUUGCUCAGAAGUCAAGAUGGAAAAGUCCUAAUGGAGCUCAACUUCCAGUAGAUCAGUUGCUACGAAUCUGUAAACGAUUCCAUGUGGCUCUGAUCCUUUCAUAUCUGGUGCAGGAAGUGCCUAUGAUGGAAAUUUGCGAACGCUUCAAAGUGCAAAAAGGAGUAGUACAGGGGCUGCAAGAAAGUGCUGGGAGGUUUGCUGGAAUGGUUGCAGCUUUCUGCGAAAGAUUGGGUUGGAGUGACAUGGGAACUCUAGUUGACAAGUUCCAAAAACGAGUCUCGUUUGGUGUAAAAUCUGAAAUUGUGGAACUCACGGAAAUCCCCUUCGUGAAGGCGGCAAGAGCAAGAGCUCUUUUCAAGGCCGGGUUGAAGAGCAUACAUGCAGUUGCUGAAGCUACGGUUGACGAGCUCGUGAAUGCACUCUUUUGCAACUCGUCCUGGAAUAGUCAAGAUGACAAUGGCCCACAGUGGUCUCUGGUUGGUGUAGCCCGGAAGAUAAAGCAUGGAGCUCGACAAAUUGCAUUGGAACGUGCAGAAGAGUCUAGGGCUGCAGCUUUCUCAGCAUGCCAGGCUCUUGGUGUUCAAGUCAAUGCUGGUCUCGCAUUGCCUCUAGUUGGAGCAAUUAACGACGAAGCAUAAGCGCCUCCAGAGGCUUGAGCGGAAUUUGAAUUAAUUCUUCUGAUUCCUGUAUCAUGUGGUGAAAUGGAAACAUGGUCUUGGAGUACACAACGGAAGCAGAAGUUCCAGAAAGGUCGGUCAGCUCCGUGGUUUUGAAGUUUUUUCCACCGCAUUUGUCUAGUGGUAAUGUUCCACAAACUGGAUCUGGAGGCCCCUUCGCUAUUGCGUCGAUGCCAAGUUUCCAUGCCUGCUUAUCUCAGUAACCAACACAAACAGACGGAGUUUAUGUGGGCUGUGUGAAAGGGUAGCAGUCAGCAUUUUGUUAUUCAUUCAUGGAGUACAAAAUGUUUGUAGCAAGUUCUAUGUGAUAGCGUUUCGCUUCUUCAAAGGAUCCUGGAAAAUAUGAACUUAGAUUGAUUGUGAAUUUUGGCAUCUGCUUGUUAGCAAGGAGCAGGAUUAGCAUCGAUGGUAGGUUAUGAAACUGGCUAAUUUAUGAUCUCAAUUUUUUAGCUUCUCUGCAGUCAAUUUUUUCAGAAACUGUAAUAUAUAACUAGCAGUUAGUUGCAAUAAUCACUGUUACGUCCACAUUGAGAGGGUUUACCCAUCAUGAAUUUAUCUUGAGUAUUUAUGGGAUUCA